AUGCCGGUUGGGUCCGUGCCGGUGGGCCGGCUGGUGUGUCCCCCCAUCCGACGCCAGCAGCCGUAUGGGGAAAGCAGCGGCAGACACAGAUGGCAUGGACACUUCCACAAGGUCUGCCGCUCUGCCCUGCCUGCUCUGCCGGAGCCCGUUCGCCGCCGUCUCUCUCUUCCAGCUCGCUCCGCCGCCCAGCAGCACUGCAGCACAGCACAGGCUGACGGCAUGAGGCUUGAUCCAGUGCAUUUCUCCAUGCUGGUCAUCGGGGUCUCCUUCGCCUGUUACGCCCCGAGUCUCAACUCCCUUCAGGACCAGGCGUACAGAUCAACUGUGGUUAUCGAGGGCGAGGUGCGCUCCUCCCCGGAGAACAUCUCCUCCCGGGAGCCCUACAGUGUGAAUGUCAAGGUGCUGGAUGUGUGGCCCGUCAACAGCGGCGGCCUCGAGAGGGAGCAGCUCGUGACGGUCGGGGACUUCGGUUCCGAGGCCCCGUGCACCACGGUGGAGAAGGACCACAGAUAUAUCUUUUUCAUGGACCCGACCGCCGAGCCCUUGGUAUUCAAGGCAUCGUACGCCCCUGUGGACGCCAGUGAGCCGGAGCUGAAGAAGGAUGUGGAGAGAGUGUUGUGCGAGGACUGCGCCUCUGCUCCUAAGUUGCGGCUGAUGCGAGGCCAGUCUCUGAUGGAAGGGGACAAGCUGUACUUGAAGUGUGAGGCGUCGGGGAAUCCCAGCCCUUCCUUCCGCUGGUACAAAGAUGGACAUGAGCUUCAGAAAGGCAGAGACCUCAAAAUAAAAACCAACAAAAAAAACUCAAAGGUGCAGAUCAGUCGUGUCCGUGUGGAAGAUUCUGGCAACUACACUUGUGUGGCUGAAAACUCUGUAGGACAAGAAAACGCCACGAGUAUAAUCAGCGUGCAGAUCUUGACCACCACAACCCCGUCUCCAGGUGUGAGUCAUGCACGGCGCUGCAAUGACUCGGAGAAGUCCUACUGCGUCAACGGAGGAGACUGUUACUUCAUACACGGUAUUAACCAGCUGUCCUGCAAGAAGCAGAGGAAGAAGAUGCAGAGUCACCUACACCAAAACCAGAAUCAGUGUGUGGAGCAGCCGAACCGCAUGUUGGCCAAUGGGCCAAACCAUCCUGGCCCCGGUCCUGAGGAGAUCCCCAUGGUUGAUUACAUCUCCAAAAGCGUCCCCACGACUGAGUGUGUGAUUAGCCACGGAGCAGAGGGCGCAGGCAACUAUGCAGGCAGUCGAAUGUCGACCCGCUCCCACCACUCUACCACUGCCUCACAUGCUUCCAGACACGAGGAGCACACAUGGAGCAUGGAGCGAACAGAGAGUAUGAACUCAGACUGCCAGUCAGGUGGGCUCUCCAGCUCUGUGGGAACCAGUAAGUGCAGCAGUCCGGCAUGCAUGGCGAGGAGGGCCGCCCACUGGGGCUGUACGGACACGUCGGGACCGGGAAUGCAGUACGGGGACUCCUAUGAUUCUCUAAGAGACUCACCUCACAGUGACAGGUAUGUGUCUGCGCUGACUACGCCAGCACGCCUGUCUCCAGUGGAGUUCCACUACCCCCCGCUGCCACCCCAGGUCCCCACCUUCCAGAUCACCUCGCCCAACACAAGCCACGCCCUCUCCCUUCCUCCUGCUGCUGCCGCCUACCACAGAGAUGAUGACCAGCCGCUGCUACGAUGCCCAGAUGAUGGAAGUUUAUACAGGCAGCCCCGACGUCCACGACGACCCUACCUGACGGAGAGCACAGGAAGUCUACCGUCCAGCCCCUACCGGCUCCCCGACGACGAGGCUUAUGAGACAACACAGGAGUACGCCUCUUCACGGGAACCCAUCAGAAGCCGGCGCCGCCCACGACGCAACCGACUCAACGGACACAUCUCACAGCGCUCGGCGGGCUUACGGGACUACAGCUCACAGAGCUUCAGCCAGUCAGAAGAGGAAGAAGAGGACGAGGAGGAAGAGGAUGCUCACGGGGAGAGCACACCUUUCCUUAGUAUGCAGAACAUGAACAUGGACCCGCCCCUAAAUGUCCCGGGUUUCCGUUCGUCAUCCGGUGCAGACACACGGACUCACCGCGGGCUGAGUCGGCCAGGGACACGCAGCAACGGGCAGAGUCGCGGCUCCCAGUCGCAGCGCUCCAAGGCUGACAACAUGCCCCUUUAAGACUUAACCUACCUUCGACGCCCACCAUUACACCCCUGCCACCUCCCGCCCUCUCCACCUCACACACUCCCCUUCCUCCUACACACAACCCGUGGACUAGAGACCUGCACCUAGGAGAAAUAUUUUUAUUUUGUAUAACAGACAGAUAUUCUAAACAAAUGAAAUAUUUAUUUUCAUUUCAGCAAAAAUUGUCUACUAGCUAACAGCAAAGACUUUUUUUAUAACGGGGGGGAUAUUUAUAUGUAAAGUUUUUUGAUUUACAGCAUUAUGAGAGAUGAAAAAAUACGAGAAUUACGUGCCAAUUUUUUCACAAGUUAGAUAAAUAGAAUAAUAUUGUGGUGCCUUUUGCUGUAUGCUGAAGUCGGAGGUCCCAUUGAGUUUUUGUAGCCUUUCUUAUAAAGACUCCUCGUUUUUAUAGAGACCAACCCUCUUCCUUCCUUUUGCUUUGGUUUGUUUCUCUGAUUUGGGAUCUUCCUCUUUUUGAACUGUGAUCUGAUUAUGUCAUCAUGCAAUAUUGAUUCCUCCUGUGUAAAAGGUGUCUGUUUACAUGAGUAUGAUCCACGCGAUGCGCUCGUUUCACAGGGACAUUUUAGUCACUGACGCAACCAGAUGUGUAAGGGUAGUUUCCUCGGAUGAACACACAUCGGUCAUUUACGUCCUCGUUCGCUGCCUGUCAGUCAUUUGUUGUUAUUUCUGUGAAAACAGGAGCGUUAGGGAGUCGUUGAGGGAAAGUAACUCCAGAUUCCUCGUGUAGGUAUUCAGGGUGCUGCCAUGACAUUGGUGGUGGUUGCAGUGCGUGCGUAUGUGUGUGUGUAUGCGUGUGCGUGCAUGCCUGUAUACGGUCCGUACACCUCAUGAAGCCUCAUUCGGUUGGCGCCUCUGUUCACCUUGGAGGGUGUGGUCUCUCUUGUUUGACUGACACGCUCCUCUCACCGAUCCUCACGCUGCCAGAAGCUCCAUUGCACUGUAAGAACCUCCCUCCGUGAGCAGUUAUUGGCCAGGGAGCUGCCGAUCCAAACCGAACCUAACCAAUCCAGUUGUAAUCCAGCCUGACUCUGGCCUCCCGUGGACUGCCUAGCCCGCUCGUUUCCUAUGCCAGCAGCUUAGAGCCGCACUGUGUCUCAGGACUUCCCCAUCACAUCACAGCCAAAAGACUCAAAGCAGAGAACGCACGUCAUCUCAGUCACAGUUCAGUCCGCAGGUCAGAUCCGCAUCCCCUCACUCUCCUUCUUUUCCAUCUAUCAGGUUUCUCGCGUUUACUUGUGGCUAUGAGAAAAGGACGAGUUCGUUCAGACCUUUGGAAUCAGUGGGCGGAUUCAGUUACUUCUUUAUUUUUUUAAACUUCAGAAGGUUUUGUGUGUUUAGUGAGCAUGUGUGUAGCCGUGUGUGAUUUCACAAACGAUGAUGAUGAUGAUGUAAAAAUGAAGUUGUGCAGAGACAGCGUCUGUUUGCUCUGAUGCAGGGGCGUUACCUUGGAAUUCUGCCCCCACCACUGAAAGGUGGAUCUCCCUCUGGGUUCCCCAUUUUCUCUCUCUUUUUCUUUUCUUUUUUUUUUUCCUUUUCUUAAUGGAUAUAAUCCUACUGGAAGCUACGCCCCCACCCCACAGGCUGUGGGCACCUAGAAUCGUCACCACAUUUCGCCACACUAGUGACGGCAGCGCUCCGACCACGUGCGGGUUCACACUGCUAGAAAGAGAGUUUCCAAGGCCGAUUCUCCUUUUUAGUUAGCUCACAGCCACAUGGUUGUAUAUGAUAAUCCUGAUUACUGCAUCCUUGAUUUGCAUUCCUAUACCUUUAUUGAUUGAACUUCAUUUGCUUGGUCAUAUUGACUGAAUCAUCUGUUACGUGUCUGUCUCUGUCUGCCCCCAUCCACCCCACAUCGCACCUCACCGUCAUGUCUUCCUCACCCUCUUACAGAAGCAACUAGCAGAUAAAUUUAAGCCCCGUGAGUAAACCAAACAGCACACUACCAGUAGACCGAUCAUGUCAGAAACUCUUCCACUACAGGUGUACAUCAGCUUUUGAGACCCUUAGAGAGAGAGAGAGAGACCCUUUGAAGCUCACUGAGGAAAAUGAAACUGUGUUAGAUACAAUGUGUCCCAAUUAGAGUUAAUUUCCAGUAAGUAGAGUUUUUUUUUUUGAACACAGGCAAUGCAUGGAUCACAGAUAUAUAAAUUAUUCCCUCAUGUUUAGGGGGAAUCAUACGAUAUGAAAAUAUAAUUUAGGUUCAUGGCCCAGUGGUCUGGCUAGUUUUGUCUUACUAUCACUGUAAUCAAUCUGGGAUUUGCAACGUUGAAAUUACUGCGAGGAUAGUGUGCUUCUAGAGCUAGUUGAACUGUUGACUACCCCGCCCUCUUUCUCCUCAACCCCCAGCCCCCCACCCCACCCUCUCGCUUCCCACCCACCUUUUACAAACACACGUACAUUUCUCACGUACAUACAUCGUACAUAAUGAAGCACACACUGAGCCCACAGACACACAAAUCCCAUGCAUACACAGCCACGCAGACCUUUCACGUUUGUUUGUCAAGCAGUUUGCCUUUGUCUUUUUUACCAACCAACCUACUUUCUCCUCCUUCUGCCUCCCCCUCCUCUUCUUCCUCCUCUCAACCCCAAAUCCCCCUGCAUGUCCUAGUGGUACUGGUAGUUGGGUGCAUGGAAAAAGCAGCAAGCAAAUCAUUUUUCCACUCGGUGAAAAAAAUAAAAACAAAAAAUAAAAAAACGUGUCCUCAUUUUAACAUUCAGCAAUAAAU